CGGAAAUGGAGUAGCGUAGAGGCUGGGCGGUAGGAACGAAUUGUAGGUGUGUCAGUAUUCGGCUUCUCCGCGAUAAUGCCAUCGAAAUGCCGAUUGUUGUACGCUGACUCGCGCCUCGCGCACUACUCGUACGUUCGAUCGAAAUCGUUCCGUCAGCCGAGUCUCGGAUGGUGAUGAUAAAUCGUGAAAUAGUCAACGAAGGAAAUUAAGCGGUGUCCCAAACUCUCCUCAAUAUAUUUCUCUUCCCUGCAAUAAAGUUUCUUCUGUUCAUAAUACAGUAGUGAUAUAUACGUUCAGUAGAUAAGGUGAAACUGUGUUUGAAUGACAUUAAAGUGGGAAGUAAACGGUGGUUUGUCCAGUGAUCAUUUUUGUACUAUUCACGGAUAUUCCACGGUUGUCAGACUCGUCUGCCCGGCUCCAGGAGAGAGUUGACUGUGCACCGUAGGUGUCAGUUCCAUGUCGAGGUUCAAUAGAAAAUCAGUUCACGUCUUUGGAAAGAAGUGAGAUGGAAAUAGAGGGGUACGCGUGUAUGCUCAACGUAUGAGGAAUCCAAGUGUGCGCAACGCACAGUGUGUCCAAAGAUCCUUUUUGCAAUCUGUCAAAACUGAUUCCACAAACUAAUAAUUAUAUGCAUUCGUAUUUAUGGUGAAAUCAAUCGUGAGUUCGAUAUUACAUCUUCCUCCUAUUGUGAACGAUCGAUUUUUUUUAAGAGAAAUAUUCUCGCUGCUUACGACUUUAUCUACACUGCGUGUGUGUAGCUCCACGACGACACAUCGAUUGAUUCCCUUCUGUAAACAAUAUUCAGUCGCUAAGAAUGUAUCGUCCGACGGUGAAAACGAGACAUGAGUUUCAAUGACGGUGAGAAGUCUCGUGGUCGAGCAAGUGAAGUUGAACUUGAAACUAUUCAGAGAUUAUUCGCGUGAUGAUUUUGCCGUUAAACAGUACACCAUUUGAAGAGAAAUAUUGCCGCGAUUCUUUCGCGUGGAUGUUGAUAGAUUCGGCGGUACCCUGUGGAAAAAGGAAAGGAAAAAAUAAAAGUCUAGUUUCAAAACGAAUAAAUCAGAGACAAACAGAGAUAAAGGAAACAUACUCGAGUGAGAAAAUCAACUAGGAAAAUGACUAUUUGAAAAGUUUACAACGGACUAAAGUGAAGUUCCAGUGUGAAAGAGUAGUAGAAUACGCAAAAUGUGGAAUAUGAUGUGUGAUGUGAUGCCGACUAUCGCGGAGGACAACAACAUCAGCCAGCGGAGUUCACAAUACUCUGGCAAAGAUGUGAACUUCGAGCAGCUGAUGGUCUCGAUAUUCGAUGAGAGGGACAAGUUGGCGGAGUCGUUGCGCGAAAGUCAGGAACGACUGCAGGAAACGGAAGAACGUCUCCAGGAGGUCGAAAAGGAACGGGACUUGCUCAAUCGUCAACUGGACGCCAAUAUCCCCCAGGAUUUCAUUCAGUUGACGAAGGAGCUCACAGCGGCCCGCGAAAGUAUCCUAGAAAGAGAAGAAGAGAUAUUGGAGCUAAAAGCAGAGAGGAAUAAUACUCGUCUUCUGCUCGAACAUCUGGAAUGCCUGGUCUCACGACAUGAACGAUCGCUUAGGAUGACUGUAGUGAAAAGGCAAAGUGCCACACAAUCUGGAGUAUCGUCCGAAGUUGAAGUGCUCAAAGCUCUGAAAAGUCUAUUCGAGCACCACAAGGCUUUAGACGAGAAAGUACGCGAACGGUUACGAGUUGCAUUAGAAAGAAACACGAGUUUGGAAGAAGAGCUUACUAUUACCAAAGAAGAGCUCCAGCAAUAUAAAUUAAGUGGGCACACACCUAAGGCUAUAGAAGAUAGGCCCAAGGAGAAUGGUCAAGCAGAAGAUGAUCAACAACAGAGCAAGAAUGAGACUGAGCAGGCAGCAGGCCAACAGGAACAGCAACAACAACCACAACUACAGCAACAACAGCAGCAGUCGAUACAAAAGCUAGGUACGGAGAAGUCAACAGAGAUCGAAAGUAGACUGAGCAAUGGCAGUCUUGAUCCUGCGGACCAGGAUUCUGCAGCGCGCGUAAUAGAUUUGCAAGCCACUGUCGACAAGCAGAGCUCAGAGUUGAGCACAUGGCAGCGUCGAGUAGCCGAAUUAAGUGGACGAGUAGCAGAGUUAGAAGAAACAUUGUCCAAAACUCAGAAAGACCUUUUGAAAACACAAGAAACGAAUGUCAAACUGCAGAGAGAUUUACGUGAGAAUGUUGCCCAAAAAGAGGACCAAGAAGAAAGGAUAGCAACUCUUGAGAAAAGAUAUCUUAACGUUCAACGGGAGUCCACUAGUUUACAUGAUCUCAAUGAAAAACUGGAACAGGAGCUGCAACAUAAGAAGGCUCAAUUAAAACUCCAAGAAGAAACAACAGCAGCGAUACAGGAAAAACUAGAACUCGCAGAACAAAAAUUAGCCCAAUAUGCUAAGUUACCAGAAAUGGAAGAACAAUUAAAGCAGAGGACAGAGGCUCUGACGCAGGUGAGGAGGCCCAACCAGCAGGCUCAAGAAAGACACGGCAGCGCAAAUGAUAGAAUACAAAGGUUGGAAACGCAACUUGAAGAAAAGAAUGCAGAAGUGAUGCGUGUCAAUCAACGACUUAAAAUGAAUGAGGAACACAAUACACGACUUAGUACAACUGUCGAUAAACUUUUAUCAGAAUCCAAUGAUAGAUUACAAGUACAUUUAGAAGAAAGGAUGCACGCAUUAGAAGAGAAAAAUGCACUUACACAAGAACUGGAAAAGACUAGGAAAAUUGCAGAAGACCUUCAAAAUGAGAAGGCCGAAAUAGUUAAAGAAUUAGGAAAAGCUCGUCUAGAAAUAGAUAAUGUAAAAAGACAGAUGCUUCAGCAAGAAAUUGCUUUCAAUAUUCAGCAAACAGAUGCUCUGACUAGAAGUUUGUCUCCAAAUGCAGUGGAUCCAGGUUCCUUUUCUAGGAGUGCGAGUCAUAGUAGUUUUGAUAUCCAUUCUCUUCCAAGGAGAACGAGUAAACGACCUGCAAUUGAAGAAGAUCCAUCAAAGAAUUAUGUAGCGCGUACUUUAGCAGAACAGGAGUGGGAAAAGUUACAACAGGCGCACGUUCUUGCAAAUGUGCAACAAGCAUUUGAUGUUUCCAGUGAUGCAGAAGGUGAUGGAGAUAAUGAAAGUCUAUUCAGCUGUGCAGCUGAUGUAAUUAGUCCUACAGGCCACACGGAUGCUCAAGCAUUAGCACUAAUGUUACAAGAACAAUUAGAUGCAAUUAAUAAUGAAAUUAGAUUAAUCCAGGAAGAAAAACAAAGUACCGAAGCGCGUGCUGAAGAAUUGGAAUCCCGAGUUGGUAGUCUUGAACAUAUGAAUUUAUUAACGAGAGGGCGAAGUCUGGAACGAGCAUCUCCACCAUUAAGUGGACGAUCCACUCCAAAAUCGCAUCAUAGUCCAAACAGAGAUUAUUUGCAUAAGUACCAUACUGCACCAGCAUCAAUGUCUCCAGCACAUUUACACCAGUAUGCUGCUUCUUUAGCUAGUCCAGGUCAACUUUCAGAAUCCCUUCCUGCGAGCCAGUUACAGUUAUCAGGCGAAGAAUUGCAUUCAGUGAGUGAAAGAGACAGUACUGGCGGUGCAGGAAGUGGUGGUAGCGAUGCAGCUUCACCGUUGACUGCUCGAUCCAUCAAACUAGAACGAGUAGCACAGGCACUUGCUCAUAGUCAAGAGGAACUGAGAAGGCAUGGGCAACAUAACAACGGCGCACUCAAUUCUGGGACUCCCCCUUCCCCAUUGUCCUCACGUCAUAGCAGCCAGGACAGUUUGCAUAAGAACAACUUGUCUGGUGUUGGAUUACCAAUUGGACAACUGUCUAGUUCACAUUUGCACAUGCAAUCUACCAUGAGUCCAGCAACAGCAGCAGCAGUGGCUGCAGCUCAAAAGAAGAAAGGCAUUAAGAGCAGUCUUGGUAGAUUUUUCAGCAAAAAAGAAAAGAUCAAAGGGAAAGAUACAUCAAUGCCUGGAGAUAUACCAGGUAUGGGAGGAGCAAGCACACCUGCAGAUCCUGAUUAUGGAGAUAGUGUUGCUGUAGCUGGAACUAUGGGCAGUAAAAGCGAUGUUGACCGUAGAAAAAAGAAAAGUCCUAGUAUGUUUGGAAGUAUGUUAGAUUCCUCACGGCAAGAACUUUUGGUGGAGGCUAUGAAAGCUGGAACACCAUUUGCUCUCUGGAAUGGGCCAACUGUAGUAGCUUGGCUUGAACUUUGGGUAGGCAUGCCAACUUGGUAUGUUGCAGCUUGUCGAGCAAAUGUCAAAAGUGGUGCCAUAAUGAGUGCUCUUAGUGAUACUGAGAUUCAACGUGAAAUUGGUAUAAGUAAUCCUCUACAUCGAUUAAAACUACGGUUAGCUAUCCAAGAAAUGGUGUCACUCACAAGUCCAUCAGCACCAAAAACCUCUCGCACAACCUUAGCAUUUGGAGAUAUGAAUCACGAAUGGAUUGGUAAUGUUUGGUUUCCAAGUCUUGGUUUACCUCAAUAUCGAUCCACUUUUAUGGAGUGUCUUGUUGAUGCUAGAAUGUUGGAUCACCUUACUAAAAAGGAUCUUCGAGGUCAACUUAAAUUAGUUGACAGUUUUCACAAAACAAGUUUUCAAUAUGGGAUUUUGUGUUUAAAACGACUAAAUUAUGAUAGACAACAAUUAGAGGAAAGGAGACGAUUGGCGGAAAGUGCCAACGUCGAUGUGCUUGUAUGGAGUAACGAUCGUGUUAUAAAAUGGGUGCAAUCUAUCGGCCUGAAAGAAUACGGGAACAAUCUCUUAGAAUCUGGGGUACAUGGAGCUCUUAUAGCACUCGAUGAAAGUUUCGAUGCGAAUAGUCUUGCUCUAGCUUUGCAAAUUCCAACCCAAAACACACAAGCUCGUCAAUUGUUAGAAGUGGAGUUUGCUAAUUUAUUAGCUGUAGGAACAGAGAGGCGAAUCGAUGAAUCGAAUAGUAUGAAAUCCUGAUCCAACUCGUCUAGCAGGCUGCCUCAUCUUCAACCACAUCACGUCUAGUCCAAAACCCCAGCUAUUACUACUCUCUGUAUGCAAGUGUGUUGUAAAAGUUGUAAGAGCUUUAAGUAUCAUUCUAAGGGUAUCUUCAUAUUGUUAAGAGUUGUAACAUGCGGUGGUAUGAAAAAACGAUUGAACAUAAACUGUUAAAAGAAAAGGGUGAUUUAUCGUAUGUUCAAGAAAAAAAUUUUAAACAUUUUAUCAAUUCUUAUGUCGCGUAUAUUUCAUAAACCGCUUGUUACGUAUUUCGAGUAAAGAAUAAUAAUCCUGAAUCAAUGACUCUCAUAUAGAUACUGAAAUGUAGUGAGCGGUCAAGGAAUCGUUAAAUAUAUUUUUCCUCGAAAGCCAAAGAAUCAGUUAUAGGUAAUUAUGACAAUAAUUCUGUCUAAUUUUAUCUUGAUUUCUUAAGGAUAGCAAGAUUUGUAGUUUUCGAAAUAAUAAAUAUCAUGAUAGUUCGUAAACAUUUUCAGGACGUAAUCGCAUAUUUCUUAUACUAUAUUAUGUACUUAUACUAUGUAACAAAUAGUUAAAACAACUAUCUAUUUUGAUAAUACCACUUACCGCACAAAAUAAAAGUCCCCAAAAUUAUAUUAGUGCCAUUGCUCUCGAGGAAACUAUUUAUGUACAAGGAAAAGACUGCAUUCUAUAUUUCUGCAUCUAUAAG